GAAAGUGGAAGAGCAGGAACUUCUUUUUUUUCCAAUUCUUGAGAAGACAUCUGUUUUGCAACUGUUUGUGUAUAAAAGGUGGAGCUCAUGGCGCUCCACAGUCAGACAGGGACACCCACAGAGAAGAGAGAUCCCUCAGACUGAGGAGGAGAGAAUCUAGGGGGGAAAAAAUUUACUUUGCUCAUUUUUACCAUUUGACACAAACAUGAACUCAGCGAUCCAGUGCAUCGUUCUUCUGGCCUGCAUCACCGUCUGCACCUCAGCAAUUAUUGAGAGGUGCCAGUGUCCACAGACAACCGAUAAACCUGUAAAAUCCUCUCUUAUCCAUGAUGUGAAGAUAUAUGAACCUCGUCCCUACUGCAGCAGCCUGGAAGUGAUAGUUAUACUGAAAAACAAAAGUCAGGUCUGUCUUAACCCUGAGUCGAAAUUCACCAAAGCACUACUGGACCACAUGAAAAAACAAAAGAAGGCAGCACGGCAAGCAAAACUCUCAACAACAACAACAACAACCACUGCAGCCACCACCACAUCAGCAGCAACAAAUCACCUGUGAAUUUAUGCUUUGUGUGGUAUUUAAACAAGAUGAACCCAUGUGGUUGGAUGAUGCUAUUUAUAAGUGAAGCUGUGUGGUUAACACAUCAUCCUGUUUAUAUAUUUUAAAGGCUGUAAAUUAAUUUUUAUGCUCUUGUUUAUAUGUGUGUGUUUGUGUGUGUGCAUGUGGAUCCACUGCCUUUUUGUCUUUUACUGCACUAUAUAUUACUACUGCUUGUUGUUGAUAGCUAAGUAACAAUAAAUGCUAAUAUAAGUAAACACUGAGUGUUU